UUGAAGCACUUUGCGAAAAACGACCUGAAGUUCGAAUUGCAGCCCUCCAGGCGCUGCUGAAGACUUUCCGGACCAACUAUAUCUUCUUGGACGAAUCAUGGAAUUAUUACGACACCUUCCUCAGUAGUCUCGAAAACAUAAUAAAGAGAGGAAAACCACAGGAACAAGCGCUGGCUGCAGAAUGUCUCGCUGUAUCCACUGUCCUUUCAUCAUCUUUCGAUGUGCGAUCACUGGUUCCUCGGUUUCAAUCCUUGCUGGAAACUAAGUUGGCUGAUGUUUCGGUAUCACCAAACUUUCGAGGAGCAUGUGCAAAUGCGCUGGCUGUCCUGGUAUUCUUCGGGAACUUCGAUGACUAUUCCUCAAUCAAGAGUAUGAUGAAGGUGUUUGAAGGUAUCUUUCGCGGAUCCUGCCUAAAGGGUGAUGGAAAAGCACCCACUAAUCCGCCUGCUGUAUGUUCCAUGCAUUGUGCUUGUAUUCGGGCCUGGGGACUUGUGUAUACCAUCAUACCGAGCUUUGAUGCGAAGACGAUCGUUGAUCCGGACUUCCGAGGGCCGCUCUUUACUCAGCUUGUUCAACUCUUGACUGACUUGGCUACUGAUGGAACGAAAGCCAAAUCAAAGGUCGAAUUGAAGAAACAAAGACAGACCUUCCGAGACUGGGAGCUGAACGUCUGGAAAUCACGUCAUGCGUCCAGAACUAUCAUUACGAGACUCUUUGUCAAUUGCUUGCUUAUGGGUUGA